GGGUUGGACAGUGUGUGGUUUUGGUUUGUUCGCUUACAUUUAUAGGUGUCGAUGCCCCCGGCAAUAGUAUAGUUAACUCCUUAUAAAAGCUCAAUCUGAUUUUCCAAAGUUAACUUUGAAGAACGCGAUUCAUAGCGAACAUUGAAAAGCAUUUAGAAAGACAUAUUCCAACAUGUGGUUUACUGGCAUUUGGUUGAUCGUACUGCCCUUAGUUUCUGGUCAUUCCUGGAUGAGUUGUCCACCUUCAUUUAUUGCUACGCCUGGACGUGGUGGAGUACAAAACAGACAUUGUGAAACCGGUGUUGCUAAUGCUAUUGUAACAACAGUCCAUGCUGGAGAUCGAUUGAAGGUUGGGUGGACUUCAAAUAAUCACGGUGGUGGUUAUGUUAGGAUUUCUCUCGUUCCACUUGCCCAAGAAGCAAAUGCUGAAGCCUUUAAGCAAAACGUAAUGAAAUUUGCAUGUUACGGGCAUGAUACCCGUCCUGAUAAAACCUUAAAUGGUGACUGCGUACACCCCUGUGAUGGUAGACCAGGAUGUGAAUUUCAAUCAGACCAAUAUGACGUUGAAAGAUUUGAUACGACAAUUGGUAUCCCAACAAAUCUUCCCGAAGGAUAUUAUGUGCUGCAAACUGCGAUGUUGGUUGGUAAUGGAGGAGAACCGUAUUUCAGUUGUGCAAAGCUGUACAUCACAGGAGGAAAUCCUAGUUUCAACUGCGUUUCAAACAGAAAUCCAAUAACAUAUUCUUGUUUAAGAACUGGUGGACCUGCAUUAGAGACGCAUUUCCUAAAAGUUGGUUCUAGUCGAGGAGACUUUUGUUACCAUCUUGAUGGCCGUAUUGGAACAGUUGAUGAUAAUCUGCGUGAUGUUCCUAUUAAUGUAGAAUGUGAUCCAAGGUUAACAUGUGAUAAUUCCAUCAACAAGGACAUAUGUAAUGAAGAAGCUCCAUCAAUGAAAGACAUUAUUGGUGGUGCUACUGCACCUAGACUACCUGGUUGCAGAGUUUUCAACACUGUUCCUUCUGCUGCACCCACAUGUUUUGACGACAAGCAAAAUCGUGAUGAAGAAGGUGUAGAUUGUGGUGGUACCUUCUGCAAUCAGUGUCCAACCAGACCACCAAGAGCUGGAGCUUUCCAAAGCGAUAUUGUUCAAACUGUAAACGUCUUUGGCGGCGGUGGUGGCGGUUCAUUCACUAUCACAGUCAAUAUUAUCAGAACUAUUCCAGACGACAAAUGUUGGCAACUCGUACUACAAUACGCUCAUCCCUUAGAAUUGGCCAGAGGAAGUGAAUAUGCAGUUUAUAAUGAUGGCCAACUUGCUGAUAUCAACACAGCAAAAACAAUUAUCACUCUUGAGAAAAGAACUGGACGCGAAAACCCUAAAGAAGGAGGAAGAAUCAUUGUUGCCUUCCAAGCAAGCAAUCCAGGCCUUCCUGAAGUGAAAUGGACCGUUAAGAAUAUUGAACCAGUUUCCGCCAUGUUGUUUGUAAAAGAUGAAGGGACAUGCGUGGAAGACGUUCUCGUCUUGUAAAGAAACACAAUUCAUCCAGAAGUUCAAAAGGAAAGAAUUUAGAAGAAGACAAUGAAGUUUUAAAAUAUUUAUUAUAAAUUUUUUAAUACAAUAUAUAUUUUAAUUAACUACCAUUGUUUUUUACGUUU